AUGACACAUUCAUUUCUAUCGGUUGCGGAGCAUUGUCACAAUAUCACAGAAUCGUAUUUGGCUAUCACCAGUAAUAAUCCUACUAUAUUGGAAACACAAAGCGUUAUUCGAUUAACUAAAUGCUAUAUAUUAGACGAAGUGCUCACAAAAUGGGAUGUUCAAACUGGAGAGAUAACAUUUUCCUACAAUGGGGGCAAAGACUGUCAAGUUUUAUUAAUAAUAUAUCUGGGUUGUCUAUAUACGUUUUAUCAUAGAAAAAUUGUUGAUUCUCCAUAUGAUGAUAAAUACCAUGAUCUGCCUAUCCAAAGGCUCCCUGCCGCCUAUAUUAGAGACUCUGAAACGUUUGAGUCACUAGAGGACUUUGUUGAUUCCACUGUAGAUUGUUAUUGCCUAUCUCUCUAUGAAUCUCCAAAAGACAAAGGACUUUCAAUGGCACAUGCCUUUGAAGAAUAUCUUAAUCUAUACCCAAGUACCAAGGCUAUCAUAAUAGGAAUCAGACAUACGGACCCUUAUGCUGAUAAUCUGAUGCACAUUCAGAAGACAGAUGCUGGCUGGCCUGAUUUCAUUAGAAUACAACCUAUAUUGCACUGGAAGCUUGUUAAUGUGUGGAGCUUUCUUCUAUAUUCUGGAGAAGAAAUUUGUGGUUUAUAUGGUCUAGGUUAUACAUCGAUUGGUAGCAUUAAUUGUACCACUCGAAAUCCACAUUUGAGGUCCGAAAGGAAGGUAGCGGCAGGUAAUGAGAGGAACCAAGUAGAUAACCAAUUUAAAUGGGAAAUUGAUCAUGCAUAUGGUAAAACAGUUGCUACUGAUUAUGUCAAGUUGUCAAAGAUAUCACCUUCUGACCUUGACAUCAUUUUGAACAACGAUAAAUACUCCUACUAUCCAGGCUGGUACUUGAUUAAUGAUAACUUAGAACGUGCUGGUCGUUUAGCAAAUCUAAAAUAA